AUGGUCUUGACUUUGAAGCCAGAACCCAGCAAGGCCAGUGCGGCCAGCUUGGCCAGUGAUGCAGGUGCAGAAGAGGCGACUCGUCUCGCCGCUUGCACCGUGGAGGAGAGGCGACCCACGGGAUCCCUUCUGGAAGAGUGGUUUGUCCGGGACGCGACAGGGGACUUCGAGAACUGGAGGUCACGAGGUUCGGGGGGCGAAGCGGCUGUGAGUGUCCGAUGCAGAGCGGCGGAAACCAGGGCCGAGGACAUCACCUGCCUGGAGUGUGUCAGCCACGUGUCGGACGUCCCUUUCACGUCGCAUCGCAGGGAUGCACUUCUGCCAAGCGAGCGGCGGAGGCAAGCCACACUCGAUGCCCUAGCAUCGGUCAUGCAGGCCAGGCUGGUUUCUCCUUGGAGGGAUGGGAGCAUGGAGCUCUGCCGACGCGCGGCUGCGGGUGAGAACGCCUUUUGCAAGUCCGCCGCCGUGACGGUACCUGCUUGA